CCCAGUACCUACAUAAUCCCAAUAUAGCCGGUUCGCCCACUAGAUUCUGCACCCCAAUACCAGGCUGGUAUAACCGUGUCCCUAACUGCCAGCUGAAUAUUCUCCUAUUGUCAUCUUAUAGCUGUUUUUGAUUUCAAAACCUAAAAAUCGGUAUUUUAGAGCUAAAUAUUUUGGGGGUACUGUACCCCAACACGCAUUUUUUUAAAAAAUUAGACGCAGCCCCCACUUCCAGCCCUGCGCCCCAAUGGCUGAUAUCUUGCUGGCUGCUGGUUCCUCACCCAGUUUUAUUGAUUGUUAUGAUUUCUAUGGAGAUUGCAGGGAGCAUUCCAUUUGUAGGCUGAGACUGUGUGUGUGUGUGAGUGUGUGUGAGUGUGUGACUGGGGGAAGCUGCUGGUUUCUAUAUAAAGAAAUCUUCUUUGCUUUGCUGUAGCUCCAGCAUGUGUGUGUGUGGGGGAGAGAGAGGGGGUGCUGCCCCCCCACCCUGGGUGCUGCUGGAGAGCCUGUGCGCUGAGGGUCCCCAUCCUGCUGGGCUCCUCUAGAUAUAAGAACCUUCCAGCCGGGAUCACGUGACAUAAUUACCACUAGAAUCAAUCAAGAUGAAUUGCACGUCAGCACACGUUCAGGGUUUUUUCUUGGUUGAUGCUGUCCAAGCUCUCUUGAGCAAUAGAUGGAUCUUGUUCAAUGCAGUGAAAUCUCCUUGUUGCUUUCAAUCGCAAAAAAGGAGACAUGACUGAGUUUGAGAAUUGCAGCAACAGUGCGUCCAAUAUGUAUCUGCCCGGCUGUGCCUACUAUGUGUCUCCCUCGGAUUUCUCCAGCAAGUCUUCGUUCUUCUCCCAGUCUUCCUCCUGCCCAAUGACUCUCUCCUAUUCCUCCAAUUUAACUCAUGUGCAGCCAGUCAGGGAGGUGGCAUUCAGGGAGUAUGGCUUGGAGCGCACAAAGUGGCAGUACAGGGGCACUUACCCCUCGUAUUACCCCAGUGAGGAGGUGAUGCACAGAGACCUCAUCCAACCAGCCAACAGGAGAUCGGACAUGCUCUUCAAAUCGGACUCGGUCUGCAACCACCAUGGACCCCCCAGCAGCCAGUCCAACUUCUACAGCUCGGUGGGCAGGAAUGGCAUCCUUCCUCAGGGCUUUGACCAGUUUUAUGACUCAAGCCAGAACCAAGGCUACCAAGUGGGCAUGGAGGAGCAGCCUGCUAAGUCUGACCCCAAAGCCACCAAUGCUCCCACUAAAGCCCCUUCCACCCAGGACAAGAAGGUGACAAACGACUCCAGCCCCGGGACCCCUUCUGGGGAGGCAGAGAAGAGCAACAGUUCAGCUUCCCAGAGACUAAGGAAAAAGAGGUGUCCAUACAGCAAGUAUCAGAUCCGAGAGUUGGAGAGGGAAUUUUUUUUUAACGUGUACAUCAAUAAGGAGAAAAGGUUACAGUUGUCCAGGAUGCUGAACCUCACUGACCGCCAAGUGAAAAUCUGGUUCCAGAACCGAAGAAUGAAAGAAAAGAAACUUAACAGGGAUCGACUUCAGUAUUUCACUGGGAACCCCCUCUUUUAAGGUGCUAGCUGGCAGAUGGACCCCGGACUGCUACACUGCUGCCUACUGUACUUGUAGGUCCCACGGUUUCAUUUUAAUUGGACCUUGCAAUAUUCAUCUGGUGGAAUUCUAAUUCUAUGGAGGAUGCCUUGUUGGUAAGGAAAGGAUAUUGAAAACGUCACUUACUGAAUGCCAGCCAAUGGUGUGUUUUUAUCUGAAUCUAUAUCUCUGAUUAUACAAUAGUAAACUGACUGCAAGCUUCUAGGUUGUCUUACAGAUACAAUGACUCAAAAACAGCUAUUAAAUACGAAUGCAAUUAAUUUAAUAUAUAUAUAUAUAUAUAUGUAUAUAUAUAUAUAUGUAUAUAUAUAUAUAUAUAUACUUAUGCACGAAAUAUGUUCUCUUGUGGAAAAUUGUUUAUGGUUAAAAUGUUGUUAUCAUGAAAAAAAAAUGCAUGAAUUCCAAAGGGUCGCUGAAUAUGUGCCAGCCAUUUAUUCCAUUAUAUAACCCCCAUAUGUAUAUAUUUAUUAAAUUUUCAAUGUAAUUUUUUUAACUACGUGAACACGUUUUUAUAUGCAUUUUUUUUUUAAGUUUAAUCCCGUUAGUCUACUCACAAAGAGCUGUUGAUUUGGUAAGAAAAAGUGACAUAAUUGAACCUGGCAGAUAAAAUCAUGUCUCUGUGCUUGGGUAAUUGGAAAUAUUUAAGCUAUAAGCCAAACAUAAGGAAGGGAGGUGUUUGCUACUGACUGCAGGGAACAAGGACUUGAAUUUGGUGUCUCAAAAGCAAGUAGACAUUUUUUUUUUUAAAUGCAUGCAAAAGGCAAGGGUGACAUUUGGUGCUUUUUAGUGUUCUUUAGGGUGCAAGCCAGAGAUUUGAGAAGGGACCAAACGUGAAUUCUAUUUAUUUUGCAGACUAAAGAAUUUGGUUGAGCAUUUUACUUUAUGCUUUGACCUACAGGGCUGUUUAGAAAACCUUGAACUGUCUAGACAACACUAUAAAAGUAUGGCUUCCAAGCAGGAUAAUUGCCUUAUAUUAUACACCUUCUGCUGGGCUAAGGGAGAUUUCCGCACAGUGCAAUAAAUGGACAAGUAAGAAUGGGGGCUGGUUUCUUCAAUGGAACUUGGUGGGCGUUAUUUCACUGGCAUGAAGUAAACUUAGACAACGGCUCAGAAACAGAGUCACCAAAGGGAUUUGAGAACAAAGGGUGGGGGGAGAAAAAUAUAUUGUUUAGAGAAGAAAAAAACAGAAAUUUGCUUCAAUUUGGACAAAAAAAAACUCCAAGCCUUUGCCUUUGAACUUCCGAAAUGUCAAGGUCAUCACCCUUCACCUUGCAGAAUAAUUAAAUGCCUUAAGGCUCUCUUAUUAUUUUAGUUUGCCACCCACACGUAUGCAUUAAAAUAUCUUAACCCAGAGGCUCGAUUUUGUGUCCAGAGAGAGAGGAAUCCGUUGAAUGAAAGUGAUAUUGUCUGUUCUGCAUUCAAUUUGUUUCCAAUGGCAUUUGGCUUCGUUUUUAGUAUUGAAACUAACAUUAUAUUCCCUACUAAAAUGUCAAUGAAACUGAGCAAAACCAGAAAGAAUAGAACUCAUUUGAGCCCCUUAGUCCUCUGAUAAACACUAAGCAGGAGAGACAGGUAACACUACAUUAUAGAUGAGGGAGACUGAGGAGGUACCUGUUCCUCGACUGUGGUAGUAAAUAAAUGUAGUAAUGGCCUCUAAUGGAAUGGUCAAUAGUAACAACAAAUUAAUGAUAAGAUCAUUAAACAUUUGUGCGCAUUGUAAUCAUCAGCAAGUGAAACAGGUGUAUAAACUGCUCUCACUAUAAUACCGAAAUCACAAAGCAUUUCUAUAUAUUCAGUGUGAGUGUAGAACAGCGCUGAUUUCUUAAAAAUUCAACAUGUAGAAAAAAAUGCAUCUUCCUUUGGGGUUUAACACAAAUGCAAAACAGUACAUUUAAAUGUGCUUUUUCACGAACGUCCACAAGAGGGCGACUGUUGUACUGGGAAUGGCUGCUUUGUGCGCUUCUAUUCCGUGGCUUGGCCAAUAAAUUACAAACUCAAGUCACAUAAGGAUUCUAGAUUUUUCUCCGGAGCAACGAUUCUGAAAUAUUGCCCGAGUAAUACCUGUUUAAGUACCUUAAGUGACCGCGAUCCCUUUCGUGCAACCCAAAUGCAGCAGGACACGAUCGUGAUUAAAAGAAAACUGUAUUGGAGUGGUGUAAAGUUUAAAGUGCAUUGACGAUUCCCUCCUCUUAAAGUGCAGCUGUAAAAUCAGCAAUUACAUAGAAUCAAGUCACAGUAGAUGUUGGUAGGAAAUACACACGAUACAAUUCCAAGCCACCCUUACAAAGCGAGUUCUGAAUGUAACUAAAUGACUUUAUUAUUGCCAUGGAAGGGACAGAGGAGUUGGGCACAUUGGUGGAGUUAAGAGAUCCAGUUUUAGUGGGCGCAAUCUCUUGCUAAGGUAUUUAUGACUAAAUAUGCACCACAGGCCAUAAAGAUCUAAAGGCACCACUCAGAAAUGGUCUGUCCUGUCUCUUGCCCUAAAUUCUUUCUCAAGGGCAAUUGCCAAAGGCUUUCGCCCUUAACUGAAGUUGAAUUUAAACCUUUAAAACAGACCUUCAACUGUGCAGGAAGCCGAGAAAUUCCCAGCACUUUAGGGAAAAGUGAUUACUUAAUACUAUAAUUCCCUCAAAUAAAUGCAUUUCUUUACCAAGACGUUAAAAGCACAUUUUGCUAGGAAUUAGGGAUGCGCCGGGUGAAGCUGAUAUUUUGGUUAAACACCCACCAUAGAUCUAUAUACGAUAUUUCUUUAAAAAAAAUAAAAAAGGCAAAAUGCUAAGUAUAGUAUAUUAUUCUAGGAUCUAAGAAUAAAAAGAAAAUUCUAUCAUUUGGAUUUAAAACUUUGCUCAUUUAUAAAUAUAUUUAUUACUGACUGAAUGGAAUCAUCUUCAUGUAAAGUACAAUCAGUUUCGGUCGAUUAAAGAAAAUAAUUUUAAUGGAAAUACAAAAAAUAAAUGUCAGAGGAUAUGCGAAUUUAGUACCGGUUACUGAAUAUCUGUUCCUGAUCACAUAGGAAAUACCCUUACACUAAACACCACUGUGGUGUUAGGAGAUACAGGUUAUUAGUCAGUGUGUUACUUUAUAUAUGUUAUUGGCUGUUUUCAUAUUAUUACAUAAAAUGUAUGAACUAAGCCUGAUAUAGCGCCUUCUCUGUAUAAGGUCAGUGUUAUAUCCUUUCCAGUAAUACUGAGAAAUACACUACAUUGAUUAAAAAAAAGUCCAAAGGUUUGAUAUUUAUUCGCUAGUUAAACAAUAAUGUCAUAUAACGCAUGUAAGGCAGAGUUAAUAGUUAUAGAUGUUUUGCACCAAACUAAUCAUUUAUAAAUGUGUGUGUGCAAUUGUGUAUGUGUGUGUAUCCGCCACACAUGCGCUCACACCACGAAUUUCUAAAUGCACACAAACUGCUGUGUACAUGUAUUUUUGUUGUAUUAGAAUAUAUAUAUUGUGUUAGUGUGUGUACAUGAACCCAUGCACAGACAUAAGCACAGAACCCACUUAACAGUCUGUAGAUGCCAUCUGUUCCCUUCGUUAUGGGCUUCCUGCAUGUGAGCGAAUCCCCAAAGCAACACGUUUUUUUUUUCUUUCUGUGUGAUUUUUUUUUUACAGAAUAUUGUCCUAUCCUGUUUCACAGCAAAUGUGUUUUUUUCCCUCCAGGUAAUGAUAAUAACAUUAUGAUCAUUCCCAUGUUACGGAGUGGGUCCCUUCCCAAAUAUAGAUCCACUGAAAUAGCAAUCGUGAUUUCACCUAUUAUUGUUAGAAUUCCACUUUGGAAUGGUCAGAUCUGAGCUAAAUAUCACCCAAGAUCUCACCCAAGAGCUCAGGAUUGUGUUGAUGUUAUUGGUUAGAAUUCUUUUGUGAAAGUGGAGGAAUUAGAGAUUGGUACCAGGUACUGUGGAUCUCCCCAGUGAAAUAUCAAAGCGCUUGUUUGACUGUCUGUUGGGACAAACGGGUAGACAUGUUUCCAAGCAUUUUGUAAACUAAUGAACUGAGACUAUUGUGUCAUAAAAAAUAAAUACAGCUUUCAAAUGAAA